GCGGUGUUCCGGACGGAUGCAAAGCAGGAGAAGGCGCAAGGCAGCUCGGACUACUUUCUCGACUCGGCCGACCGCAUCCACUUCUUCACCGAGGUUGGCGCCGCCGCCGCCGACGGCGUCGGCUUGCGGCCGUCCUACCGCUCGCGCAAGGCGGAGGCGCUCAACAAGGUCGGCCAUGCACUGCACUUGCGCGAUGCUGUCUUCCGCGGCUACUCCAACUCGGCCAAGCUGCGCGAGCUGGUCGGCGCGCUUGGCUGGGUGAGCCCGGUGGUGCCGCAAUCGAUGUACAUCUUCAAGCAGGCGGGGAUCGGAGGCGAGGUGACCAGCCACCAGGACUCCACCUUCCUCUUCACGACGCCGCGCCAGACCUGCCUCGGCCUCUGGCUCGCGCUCGAGGACGCGACCCUCACAAACGGCUGCCUCUGGGUGCGGCCAGGCUCGCACCACGAGCCCGUGCGGCGCGCCUUUGUGCGGCAGCCGCAGCCGCCCGCGGCGGGCGGAGCGGCGGGCGGCGGGCUGCUCGGUGGCUUGCUCGCUGCGCUGCGGCGGCUCGCGCUCGGCUCGCGCUUCGACGACCUUUUCGCCGCCGGCUUUGUGCCGGUGGAGUGCCGCGCGGGUGACCUCGUCUGCUUCCCGGGCACACUCGACCACCUCAGCCUUGCAAACAGUACGGGCAAGUCGAGGCACACCUUCCAGCUGCACCUGGUCGAGGGGCCCGCCGCCGGCGUCGAGUGGUCGCCGCGCAACUGGCUGCAGUACCCCACGGGCGGGCCGCCCUUCCACGCGCUCGGCAACCUGGCCCCCCUCGCGCCGCUCCAAAAGGCGUGA